AUGAAAUCUUCAUUGUCAAUAUUUCGUUUAUUUCAAAUAAAUAAUAUAAUUCGUCGAUAUGCAUCAAAUGAAUUAUCUUCAUCAAUGGAUUUUGAAACAGCAAAAUCUCGUUUAGAAUCAUCAUCUGUUCAAGUUGAUAAUGAAACUAAAUUGAAACUUUAUGCUUUAUAUAAACAAGCAACAACAGGUGUUUGUUCAACAUCAAAACCUGGUUUAACUGAUUUUGUUGCUCGUGCUAAAUGGACAGCUUGGUCUUCAUUAGGAAAAAUGAAUCAACAAGAUGCACAAAAGCAAUAUAUUCAAACUGUUCAACAAUUAGUUUCUUCUUCAACAUCAAGCAAUCAAGUUAAUUCAACAUCUACAAGUGAAGAAACAACAAAUGAAAAAGGUCAAUCAACAGAAGAACAUGUUGAACUAAUAAAAAAAAGUCCAUCACAUUGGGAAAUUGUACUUAAUAGACCAGAAAAAUAUAAUGCUAUAACACGACCAAUGUAUGAACGUAUUAUGGAAAUAUUUGAUCAAGCUACUCAAGAUAAACAAUUAAUUCUUAUUUCAUUUACUGGAAAAGGAAAAUUUUAUUCAGCUGGAACAGAUUUAGCAGAUUUUGCUAAAAUGGCUACAUCAUCAACAAAUUUAAAAGAAUCAGUUGAACUUGGUCGAAUAUUAUUAGAAAAAUAUAUUGGAAAAUAUAUUGAUUUUCCAAAAAUUCUUAUUGCAUUUAUAAAUGGUCCAGCAGUUGGUAUAUCAGUGUCAACAUUAGGAUUAUUUGAUGGUGUAUAUGCAUCAUCUAAUGCAACAUUUUCAUUACCAUUUACUCGAACAGCUCAAUCAGCUGAAGGUUGUUCAUCAUUGACAUUUCCAUCAUUAAUGGGUUCACUUCAUGCUAAAGAUAUUCUUUUAUUUGAUCGAAAAUUAACAGCUGAAGAAGCUCAACAACGUGGUUUGGUUACAAAAAUUAUUGAUCAAAAUUUAUUUGAAGAAGAAAAAGAUAAAAUUUGUCAACAUAUUUUAUCAUUACCUCAUGGAAGUCUUUUAGCAAGUAAAUCAUUAAUGCAAAAAUGGACUAAAGAAACUUUUCAUCGUGUUAAUUCUUAUGAAGUUGAAAAUUUAAAACAACGUUGGUUAACAGAAGAGUUUGUUCAAGCUAUGAUGACAUUUGUUAGAGGAAGAAAAAAAACAAAAUCAUAA